GUCUCUCCCGCGCCGGCUCCCGGGGUGGCCCGCAUGGCCCAGCUCUCCGGGGACUUCGGACUGCGGGUGUUCCGGGAAGCGUCCAAGGCCUCCAAAGAGCAGAACCUGGCCUUCUCCCCCCACGGCGUGGCUUCCGUGGUGGCCAUGCUCCAGGUGGCGUCGGAGGGGAACACCCGGCGCCAGAUCAAGGAUGCCAUGGGCUUCAGCCUGAAAGAACGGGGCGUCCCACGAGCCCUGCGACUGCUGCAGAAGACCCUGAGCGACCCCCGGAGCAAGGACGUGGUGGAGAUGGCAGACGCCCUUUUUGUGCAGCGCGAUCUGCCACUGGUGCCCACCUUCAUGCUGCGCUUCCAACGAAUUUUUCACCAGAUGGUCAAGCAGGUGGACUUCUCAGAGACUGCCCGCGCACGUGACAUUGUCAAUGCCUGGGUAAAGCAGCACACCAAUGGGAUGAUCCAGGGUUUCCUGCAGGAGGGCGCCCUGGGUGCCAUGACACGCCUGGUGCUGGUGAACGCCAUCCACUUCAAAGGCCUCUGGCGACUUCCCUUCCCGGAGGCCGCCACUCGCCAGCGCAUCUUCCACAAGCUGGACGGUAGCACCGUUGCGGUCCCCAUGAUGGAGCAGACGGCCGAAUUCCACUACGGCGAGUUCUCCCUCCCGGAGCAGGGGAGCUACGAUGUCAUCGAACUGCCCUACCAGGGGGAGACGCUGAGCCUGCUGAUCGCCACCCCCUUCCAGCUGAACGCCCCCCUCUCGGCCCUGGCGGCUGCCAUCGACACCCGGCUCAUUGCGGAGUGGAAGGGCAACAUGUCCGCCGUGACACGGCUCCUCGUCUUGCCCAAGUUCUCUCUGGAGAGCGAAGUUGACCUCCGCGGGCCGCUGGAGGCCCUGGGCAUGACGGACAUGUUUGACUGCCAGAAGGCCAACUUCAGCCGCCUCUCAGUGCGGGAUGCCCUCUUUGUGUCUCAGGCGCUGCAGAAAGUGAAGAUGGACGUGAAUGAGAGUGGUACCGAGGCUGCUUCUGCCACGGCUGCCGUCAUCUAUGCCCGGAUGGCGCCCUUGGAGAUCGUGCUGGACCGUCCUUUCCUCUUUGUUGUGCGGCACAACCCAACCGGCACCGUCCUCUUCAUAGGGCAGGUGAUGGAGCCCUGAGCGCCC